AUAAAUGAUGCAAAUGAACAAUGAAAAAAGAGGAUCACUACAAAUAAAGCCGGGGUAUCUGCAGUGUCUAGCAAUUGAAAAAUGGAGAAUUUGGGAGAUGAUGUUUUAGCUUCGAUAAUGAUUAGGGUUCAUGACUCUGCCAGUAGAAGAUCCAUUUCUCAAGUUUGUAAGCAGUGGCUCAGAAUUGAAGGCUUAACUCGAUCAUCUGUACGUGUUUUUGAUCCCAAUCUUUUGCUUAAUUUCCUUCCAAGAUUCCCAAAUUUGCAAAAAUUUGAUACAUCUGAAAAAAUCACGAAUGCCCAUCUUGAAAUUUUGGCUGAAAAAUGUCCCAGGAUCCAAAUUCUUAACCUUAAUUUCAAGAAAAAAAACAGAAUUUAUUAUGAAAGGGAUGAAAGUCUAGCCUUGGAUGAUUUUGAUGAAAAUGGUCUGUGUUUCAUUGCAAUGGGUUGUUCUCAUCUUAAUACGGUGUCUUUGAGAAAGAGAAGUGGAGUUGGGAAUGCUGGGGUUGUUUCUCUUGUUAGCUUUUUGCCUAAGUUGAUAGAUUUAGACUUGAGUUUUUGUGACAAGGUUAGUGAUGAAGCACUUAGAGUUAUUGGAAGUGUCAGCUCUUUGAAGAACUUGAAUCUACAUGGGUGUUGGUUGAUAUCUGAUGCAGGUUUGAAAUCAUUAGCAGGAGGACCUCUUAGGAUGACCUUAAAGAAACUAAUUCUUGCUGAAUGUGAUAGGAUUACAGACUGUGGGGUGUUGAGUUUGAUGCAAUUAUGUUGCUUGGGGGAAUUGGAUUUGGCAGAAUGUGGAACGAAUGUGACUGAUUUAGCUGCUGAAGGUUGCAAGAAUCUGGACGCUCUUAAUUUAACUGGCUGUGAAUUUGUCACUGGUGAAGGCGUCCGUACUUUGACAAAGCAUGGGUCAUUGAAAGAGCUCAUUUUGACUAGUUGUGAAAAGCUUAGUGGAUAUGAUUUGGAAGAGUUAGUACUAGGAUGUCAAACAUUAGAAUACAUUGUGGUUGACAGAAGAUUAAGGAUGUGGGUACCUAUGGAAGUGCAGGAUAAUAUCAUGAGAGAACACUGUUGGAUAGAUUGGAAAUAACGGGUGAAAGGGGAGUUGAAUGUCUCGUUUCAGAUGGAUUAAUAUGUUUUCAGUGUUCUCUCAUUUAUGGAUACCUCUUAGCAGUUAUAACCCGUGGUCUUUCUUUCACAGUUCCCCAUCAUUAUCUCAGGUGCAUGUCCUGUCUAGCUCCCAUUAUUUAUUGUUGAAGUAGUUGUAUUAGUAAAACAAAUGUCCAGGGUACUUUUUAAUUAACUUUGCUACUCUGCUAUUGUCAUGGCCCAUGGGAUGCUUAACCUUGUGCAUAGACAUUGCAAUUUUGAUCCUGAUAUAGCCAAAAUUUGAGAAAGGGUAAUCCAAGAAUUGCUUCCUUAAAUGGAACUAAGCAAAAAAUGAACGGAAGUUUCCAAGCUUUGUUGAAAGUAAGACCACUUCUAAUCUGUGGCCUGCUUCAGUUUUCUAAGUUAACCCGUUGUACACUGAACGAAUGUAAUUCUUCUCUAGAAAAGGAAAUAACCUAUACCAUUGGCUGCGGUAUCAUGAACUAUGUUCUGGUAUAGCUUUCUUGUAAUGCUUGACAUGUUCAGGAUACACAGUUCCUCUUCUGUA